CUCAAAAUGAAUGGUCUUCUGCUCAGAAAAUGCCAGAUUAUAACAAAGGAUACUCACUUUCUUUGUUGAAUUUAUUGCCUUGAAUGAUGAAUAGGACUUGUUUGCAUCUGACACACAACUCAUUCAUAACCACAGUCAACUUUCACGCGAGGCUGCUCUCCACACACUGCAACAAACACACCCCUCCCCGCCACAGCGAAAUCGCCGAGAACACACAACGGGGUCGCCGCAGAGGAGACGCCGACGCGCACAGCGGUAUCCAUUUUGACUCGUCGGCCGGUCGGCGCCUCACGUGUCCCGGACAGUCUUCCUCACAUGACCCGUGUGUUUGUCCCCGUGAUCAGCGCUCCCAUCUCCCUAUAUCAGUGUCGCUGGAAAUCCCGUCUAAACAAACCGCCACCUUCAUGGAUAUGCUCGACCCGAGUCUGGACAGCGCCACAAGCCACGAGAAACAGGAAACGGAAGAGGUUGUUCAGUUACAGGAAGGAGAAGCUGUAGGGGCAGAGGAGCAGACUGCAAUAACCAUCGCCAGUGUUCAGCAGUCUGCGUUCGCAGACCACAAUGUUCAGUACCAGUUUCGUACAGAGAACAGCGGGGGACAGGUGACCUAUCGCGUGGUGCAGGUGACUGAUGAGCAGAUCGAGGCAACAGCAGAUGGAGGUGGAGCUGUCAGUGUGGUCUCUGCCGCCGCGUUUGCAGGAGCCCCUCAGGCAGUGGCACAGGCUGUUAUCCAGAACCCCUUCAGCAAUGGGGGCAGCCCUGCUGGGGAGACCGUGGGAGGGGAGACGCGCUUCGCUUACUUCCCUGCUGCCACCGUCGGCGAUGGGACGGCCACGGCAGUCUCGGUGCAGGCCACCGCAGACCCGACGCUCGCACCGGCCGGAGGUCAGUUUUACGUGAUGAUGAGCCCACAGGAUGUGCUGCAGACUGGUAGCCCUCGCACUAUUGCACCUCGCACACAAACCUAUACUGCAGACCUUGGUGAAAGCGAGAUGUUGCAGCAAGGCAGUACAAACUGGAAGAUGGAUGGUCCACGGGCACCCAGGGAUGAGAGGCGAAGAGCACAGCACAAUGAAGUGGAGAGACGGAGGCGAGACAAGAUUAACAACUGGAUCGUGACCUUGUCAAAAAUCAUCCCUGACUGCAACAUAGACAGCAGUAAAACUGGAGCGGUGGGUGUCAUAAAAAGCAUCACUCCGAGCAUGUCAAGCUGCUUUGUAUUGACUCCAAAGAGUAAAGGCGGCAUCCUGUCCAAGGCCUGUGACUACAUCCGGGAGCUACGUCAGAGUAACCAGCGACUACAAGAGAGCUACAAAGAAGUAGAAAGAUUCCAGGUGGACAAUGAGCUGCUUAGACAACAGAUUGAGGAGCUGAAGAAUGACAACGCCUUGCUUCGGGCACAGCUACAGCAGCACGGCAUAGAAGUCAAUGGGGAUGCGACGCCGCAGUGAUUAGGGGGCUGAUGGACUCAACGCACACGUCACAAAAUACGUCACACACUCCAUCCGCCCGAACAAUUCUGUGGAAGAAGUGCAAAACAAAAAAACAAAAAAAAAGACUGUGUGCAUACACCCUCCACUGUGCACCCCUUGACAUCGCAAUACAAACAUGCCUGGGGGGGGGCUUGAGAAGACUAAAUGAGAACUUCAGUCCACCAAUGUCUCAGCCAACAUCAACUUUUCAAGCGCUGAAAUCCGUUACUCUGUAGGUGUUUGACUCUCCCGCCACUGCUCAAAGGAAACCUGUUCCCACCGCCACGUUUCCACCAAACCUCCUGAAUAAACUGUUAUUACGGAGGAUUUAUGUAAACACGUCUCUCAGAAUUCACCUUUUUAUUUUACUGGUGUUUUCCUUCCACUUUUUUCUUUUCUUUUUUUUUUUUAACAUCUGCUUUGUAUAAAACUACUAAGUGUUACAUGAAUGGAAAUGUUUGUCCUGUUAAUUUAUUAGUCCUCAGUAAAACAUGUAUACAGAUAGAAGAAGUUGGAGCGGAGAUCACCAUGCAAGACAUAUGAGGCUGAGUUAUGCUGUGGUAUUUUUUUUUUCUUUGUUCCCUAUUAGACAAUGAACAAACAACAGGUAAAUCAGGUACUUUAAUCCACUGUCGUUGCUCCUGCUAAGGCUGGUGUGUUUUGUGUCUGUCGGCUGCACAUGUGUAGUCAUCAGCUCCGGGUCUCCUUGUUGCUGGUUCAGUGUCUGCCUCUCGUCGCACUGCAUCCAAACCUGGACCUUACAGACAUCAGGACUGAGUGGUUGUGUUUUAUGUUUUGUGAACAUGCUCCAAUGGCAGUGGCUUCACUAAAAAACACUUCUGGCAAUCAAAGUGUGAUGAUCCUUGUGAUGAGGUAUCUGAUGAUGAGGCGGUUUUAGUUUUGGCGCAAAGCCUUAAGAGAAGCUUGUUGGUAACUAGGUUUCAACAUGGCUCAGGUAAUUGAGAUGUACACUGGUGUUGGUUCCCAAACUCACUGGAGUCUAAAUAUAGUUGUCUUUUCUUUUCUUUUUUUACAUUAGGCUCAAUGUAUAGUAAAAUGCAAAUAGGAUGAAGGCUUUAAAAAUAAUUGAGCGACAAUUUUUACUGGUGCCUAAAUCGGCUGCAUUUUAGCAGAGACGUGAGGCAGUAUUGAUCAUGAUGAAAAGGAUAUGCAAAACUUUCUCAGUUGAGAUAUCUAAUGACAUUUCUUCACUCGCUGAUCCAACUGAAUGUCAGUGGAAACCGCAGGUAGAAUUAUCGUUCCCGACUGUUGAAGAUAUUCAGAGUUUUCUUGGUUUAGAUAACUUUGAGGUUUGGGAACCAGUGCACUUGCUGAUGUAAAGAGGGGAGGCUGUGGAGCAGGUUGGUCACAGGGACGCUACCAUGUUUUAGAAAUGAGUGAUGUCGGCUGUAACUAAAAACUUUUGUCUACACUGAAAGCGACCACAGCAUGACAUUUCUAACCACUGGCAUGAUGACUGAUCUGUUCUGAUAACUAUAAUAAAACACCAAUCUUUA